AUGAAUUACUGCUGCCAACUGCAGCUACCUGUACCUGAGAGUGAAACAGAAGCUUCAACUCCAGUGACCAUGGCUUAUGUGUUUGCAGAGUCUUCAGUUGCUUUCAUUGACGCAGGCUGCGGUAACAACAGAAUUUUACACAAGCUUAAUACAAUUUUCAUGGCUUCCUCUGCGUACUUCUUCCUCCCCAUUUCUCACUCUGAUACUUUCUACAUGCUGCAAGUACUAGUCAAGGAACUGUUGGUGGAACGAACCAACAGGAGAAGGAUGCUCUCUACAUUCAUCCUUCAGAGAAUUCUAGCCUCGUAUUGUCAUCUUCUCCAUUCGAUGGAACAAACUUCCUUGCAUGGAGCCGGUGCGGUUUAUGUGUCCCUCGGCACCAAGAUGAAACUUGGUUUUAUUGACGGAACAUUCCCUAGACCGGCGAUCGGAUCGCCAAAUUUUGAGCAGUGGAGACAUGUGGUUUUUAUGCUCACGUCUUUGAUUUGGAACUCAAUUUCUAGAGAUUUGGUAGAGGCGUUUAUGUAUGUUGCUUCGCGAGAGCUAUGGCUUGAAAGUCAAGGUAGAUAUGGCUGUAGCAAUGAUCCAAUGCUUUACAGAAUACAGCGAGAGAUCUCUUCAAUCUCUCAGAACGAGCUUUCACUUACAGAGAAUGUAACAAAGGUUAAAAAACAUUGCAAUGGACUGGUUUGUUUGGCACCUACUCCCAAGUACACUUGUGGUGGAUGCACUUGUGGAAUUAACAAGGCUAUUGCAGAUCGCGAUGAAUCCACACAAUUAAUGCAGUUUCUCAUAGGACUUCAAGAGAGUUUUGACAGCUAAAGAAGUCAGAUCCUUAUGUAGGAUCCACUUCCAGACAUUGAGCGAGCCUUUUCUAUGAUAUUCGCAGUGGAGAACAGAGGCCAGUCCAAGUUGAUUUGGCUGAUUCACCCUAAUCAUUUAGCCUAUCAGCUCAGCCUUAAGGAUAAUAAGAAAGAUGCUGCAGACAGAUUCAUACAAAGGAAGAAGACUUAUCGGGAUAAACGAGGUCUAGUAUGUUCUCACUAUCACAAAUUUGGGCAUUCUCACGAGUCCAGUUUUCAAAUACAUGGAGUACCAGAGUGGUACAAAUCUUUAAGUGACAAGAAGAAGAAAAGAGCAAAUAGUAGGAGUUUUUCUGCAGUUGUAGAUGGAAAAGAUAUUGGUGUAGCCGCUAUAUCUACACCACAUGUGGUUGAUUUCAUGACAGAACUGAUGAAAUUCAUGAAAAGGAGCAACAUACCCAGUGAUCCAGUCACUGAUUUUGCAGACUACUUGCAAUAUGAUGAAGAGUUUGCACGUGAUACAGCUAAAUUUUCUAAGAUUGACUUAUGUUCUUGGAUUAUUGACGCUGGGGGUACGAAUCAUAUAUGUGCGUAUCUUACUCUUUUCCAAUCAUACACUAAACCUUUCAUCCACAAUUUAUUCACUUGCCAGAUGGAACUAAAACCUCAAUUUUAUAUGCUGGUACUCUCCAACUCAAUGACUUCAACUCUUAAACCCUGUGCCUUUCAUACCUACAUUUUCAGUCAACCUAUUGUCUGUAAGCCAGCUUUGUAACAACACUUCAUAUUCCUUUCAUCUCUCAACACACUUGUUUUUUGCAGGACCAGGAUACUAAGCAGAACCUGGUUAAGGGAUGUCUUUUCAAGAAACUAUAUGCUUUAGGCAGAAAGUUGUUAAAUCUUGUUCUCCAAUAUCUGUAAAUUUAUAGCAUACUUCCUGUUCUAUUUCUUAUCAUUGUAAUAAGUAGGCUUGGCAUACUAGAUUGGGCUAUCCUUCAUUACAAGCAAUAAAACAAA